AUGGGUUCCCUGAUUAGCAGCAGCCAGGCUGAAACAGAAGAGGAAGAGUGGAACAAGAGAGUAGCAGAUCUUGAGAACCAGAUCAGCCUUGUACGACAGGAGGCAGCAAAGUCUCGAGAGCGGCGAAAGAUUCAGAAGCAGUACCGAGAGUCUCAGGAGCAGUUCCGAGAGUUUCAAGAGCAGUUCCGAAAGAUUCAGGAGCAGCACGCUUACAAGAGCAGGCAGAACAGGCUCGAAGCGCAGCGAGAGAUCCAGGAGCAGCGACACCCAGAAUUUCUGGAGCAACACCAAGGAAUUCAGGAGCAGUGCCAAGAGCUUGAGGAGCAGCAAAGAGAGCUUGAGGAGCAGUACCGAGAAAUUAAGGAGCACUACCGAGAAAUUAGAGAGGAAUCCCGAGAGAUUGAGGAGCAGCACCAAAAGAACAGGGAGAAGCACCAAGAAAUCAUGGAGAGGGACCGAGAAAUCGUCGAGAGGUACCGAGAAAUCACAGAGAGGCAGCGAGAAAUUGAGGAGAACAAACGCCGAGAAAUGGAGAAAAAGCCCCGAGAUUCAAGUGGUUUGGUCACCAGGAGUUCGGCUCCUCACCAGAGCAGGAUGCAAAAUAGACCAGGAUUGGGGAAACAAUUUGCCAAUAAUGGAGACAUUCUAGCAGACGCUCUUAUGGUUACCGAGCGUUUUAAGCCUGAGGAUUUGGAGAGAAUAUUAUUCCCAAAGCUGCAUGGCCUUGAUGCCGAGACUGUCCUCGCGCUUCCCUGCGAUAAAUGCUCCAUGUCCUUUGAAGCAUUGAGUGCUAUGGCUUCCUACCUUCUUCAAAAUGAUUGCAAGGAGCUCCCCGAAGAUCAAGAGAGAAGCCGGGAGGGCCUGGUUGCUUUGCUCAAAGAAGGAAAAUACGAAGAAGCGGAGAAGCAAAGUGAGAUCUUGCUUUCUGAGCAGGAGUCAGAAGAGCAUCUUGACGAAAAUAGUCUUCCGACAAUUCCUGAAGAUCUAGAGAGGAGAAGAGCGACUUUGGUUGUUUUGCUCCAAGAAGGAAGAUUUGAAGAAGCGGAGAGACUAAGUGAGGCUUUUGCGUCUCAGCCAAUGGCAUAUGAAUGA